GCUCCUCCCUCCUCUCUUUUCCAAAUCCCGAUGCUUUGAUUUACUACUGAUUUUUUUCAUCAGAAAGCGCUAAUUAUGGUUUAACUCCGCUAUAAACAUCUUGUCCCGCCCCGCUAUUUUAAUUUCAAUCCAACUUGAAACUUAAAGCAGGCUAGCGCAACACUCGACACGCAGCGUCGUCCUCUCGGCCACUUUCACCAGCACCCACCAGCAGCAUAGCUUCCUCUUUUUCCAUAGAUGGAAUCAUGGAAGCUCAACCUCUCUCACUUGCAGUGCACCCACCACCAGUCCACCACCGCCACUGUCCUCUCUCCCUUUGGGUCACUUCUCUGUUCCCUCCACCAUUUUCCCCAUCAGCUCUGCAAGCUGCGUGCUGACGCGGUCGAACCUUUCCUUGUUUGGAGGCUUUCUCUCCACCAGCGCAAGCUCGACACACACCAGUGUCUAUGAAGGAUAGCCUUGCCCUUGUGUGCUUUGCAGGGACUAGUGUCCAAAUCCUAAUCCUAAUGCUUUGAUUUGCUACUGAUUUUUGCAUCAAAUAAAAAACGCUAACUAUGGCUUAGCUCCGCUUUUGAUUUUAACUUAGCUGAAACUGAAACCAUGCUAGCGCAACACUCGACACGUAGCGUCGUCCUCUCGGUCACUUCCUUCCACCACCACGCACCAGCAGCGGAACUUCCUCUUUUUCCAUAGAUGGAAGCUCAACUUUUCUCUCUUGCGGAGGCUUUCUCUCGACCAGCGCAAGCUCGACACGAGCGUCUCCCUACGCCAUGUAGGGGUGUCAGGGCAUCACUUGUGUGUCUCCCUGCCAGGAGGAACCGCACAGAACAAUGUGAUUUGACUCACAUAUAGGCACAGGAGCAUCUAGGCGGGCGUGCAAGGUUCAGCACGCAGCAUUUAACGUUGAGGCCCGAAGCCAUUGCUGUGCUUGUGCUCUGCCCCCCUUUCUUUCUCUCCCAAAACCAACCGAGGUAGAGUGAGGGAAAGAGGAAGAAGCAUUUGCUGCUCUCCACCGUGCUUCCACCACCACCACCACCACCAAGAGAAAGAGGAAGAAGCAUUUGCUGCUCUCCACCGUGAUUCCACCACCACCACCACCAAGAGAAAGAGGAAGAAGCAUUUGCUCCUCUGCGCCGUGCUUCCACCACCAGCAGCCCCGUCGUCCUCUCUACCUCUCGCUUCUUCCAUCACCACCACCUCAGCUCAAGCCAUGGCAUCCUUGGCCAACCUCCUCAUCUCACUUUUCUCGCUCACCCUCAUGCUCCUGCAUGCUCCUGCACCUGCGUUAUGCAACGACCUAGGUGCAGGCCUCUCUCCAGGCCAUCACACAUACAUUGUGCUGCUGAGGCCACCCGUCGAAGCCGGCAGCGACGACGACCACCGCUGGUGGCAGGAUUCCUUCCUGCCAACGCCUCUCGCCGGCUCCGAUGAGCCACGCCUCAUCCAUACCUACACUGAGGUCUUCACGGGGUUUGCCGUGAGGCUCACCGAAGACGACCUCGCCAUGGUGUCCCAGAGGAAGGAGUUUCUGCGGGCGUUUCCAGACCAUCUCUGGCGCCCCAGCACCACUCACACUCCGAAGUUCCUCGGACUGGAGAAAGAUGCCGGGCUGUGGAAGGACACCAACUAUGGCCAAGGAGUCAUAAUCGGGGUCCUGGACACCGGCAUAUACGCAGAGCACCCUUCCUUUGAUGACAGUGGCAUCCCGCCACCCCCAUCAAAGUGGAAGGGCUCAUGCCAUGGCGCUGCACGCUGCAACAACAAAUUAAUAGGUGCCAAAUUCCGUAAUCCCAGAGCAUAUGAUUCCGGAGAUGACACAGGGCAUGGAACACAUACCUCGUCCACCGCAGCUGGGAACUUUGUCAGUCAUGCCUCAGCCCAUGGCCUCGGCAGGGGCACAGCUGCCGGAAUUGCUCCACAUGCACACUUGGCCAUGUACAGGGUCUGCAUCAUUCUUGGGUGUGCAUCCUCGGACAUAGUUGCCGGGUUAGAUGAAGCCGUCAAGGAUGGUGUUGAUGUGCUUUCACUCUCCCUCGGCCCCUUUUUUGAUGUCAACUUCACUGAUGACCCGGUUGCCAUUGGCACAUUCAAUGCGGUAGCAAAGGGUGUUGUUGUCGUGGCUGCAGCUGGUAACAACGGGCCAAGGUCCUUUAUUGCCAACUCUGCACCAUGGUUGCUCACAGUUGCAGCUGGCUCGGUGGACCGAAGCUUCCAGACCGUUGUGCAGCUUGGCAAUGGCGAGCACAUCAGUGGGGAAGCUUUCAAUCAGACUGCGAACUCAAGCUCCAGCUCUGUUCCUCUGUAUUGGAACAAACACUGCAAGUCAUCAUUGGCUGGAAGAAAUGUGGCUGGCAAAAUUGUGAUUUGCCAUAACACAGGACCAAUGAAUGACACAGGGUCAGCAAUCAACCAGUCUGACAUCAGUGGCAUCAUGAGUGCCGGGGCGGCUGGCAUAGUCCUGAUCAACAGGAAAGAUGCUGGCUUCACCACCCUUCUGGAGGACUAUGGCAGUAAUGUUGUGCAAGUGACUGUGGCUGAUGGCAAGAAAAUCACAGAGUAUGUGAGGACAACAAGCAAAGCCAGUGCCAAUGUUAUAUACAAGAACACUUUACUUGGCGUCCAUCCAUCUCCCACCGUCGCAGCAUUCUCAUCCCGCGGUCCCAGCACAUACAGCCCCGGUGUGCUAAAGCCAGAUAUAUUAGCACCCGGGCUCAACAUCAUUGCUGCAUGGCCACCGCUCACCAUUCUUGGAUCUGGGCCAUUCAACAUUAGAUCAGGGACAUCCAUGUCGACUCCACAUGUCAGUGGAAUCGCUGCGCUUGUCAAGAGCUCCCAUCCUGAUUGGUCUGCUGCUGCUAUCAAGUCAGCCAUCCUCACCACAGCUGACAUCACGGACAGCGCUGGUGGCCCGAUCUUGGACGAGCAGCAUCAGAGGGCAACCGCGUAUGCCAUGGGUGCUGGCCAUGCCAAUCCUAUAAAAGCUAUUGAUCCGGGCCUUGUGUAUGACCUUAGCAUCACUGAGUAUGCUGGCUACAUAUGUGCUCUCCUCGGUGAUCAGGGCUUGGCAACCAUUGCGCGUGACCCGACAUUGUCCUGCAAAAUGCUUCCCAAGAUACCAGAGGCACAGUUGAACUACCCAUCCAUAACAGUGCCACUCAGGACGAGGCCAUUCACGGUGAACAGAACCGUGACAAAUGUGGGGCCAAUAAAUUCAGUAUACACACUGAAGAUGGAGGUUCCCAAGUCUCUGAGAGUGCGAGUCUACCCAGAGACGCUGGUGUUCUCCAAGGUUGGACAAAAGAAAACAUUCAGCAUUACGUUCCUUUCAAUGCUUAGGUUCAGUUGGGCACUAAUGACUAUUUCGGGUGCUUUGGAAUUAGAUUAUGAUGAUAUUAAGGUCAUCAUCAAUCUACAUGAGCAAAGGAGAGAUAGUGGCCGCAGCGUUGCCGCUGGACGGUGCACACUGGAGCUGGAGUAUGCAGCCACGACAGAGCUGCUCCGACAUCACUGUAGGUUGAUGUUCUCUAUCACUCCUGAACACCUUGAACUGUCCUCUAAUUGAUCUAGAGAUUUCUGGGACCUAAAAUGCUCUUGUGUGCUGAGACAAAAUCCCCAAAUUGAUCCUCUAAUUCAAAGGACAGUGAUUUCUGGGACCUAAAAUGCUCUUGUGUGCUGAGAAAAAUCCCGAACUCUCGCCUUUAAACCCAGCAUUUAUAUUAGGCCUAAAUCCAUAAUUUAUACUGAUGUUUAAAUCAAAUUCCCACCUCAAUGGUUUCUGCUAUAAAACUGAGGUGAUGGUGCUGUUAUGUCCUAAGUAUUUUGUGCCUUAAACCAUUUCACUAUUUUCUUCAUGUCGCCAGCUUUCCGUUAAUGAAACCAUUGUGGUGACAUGGGAUUUGUGCUUGUAUGUGAGAAAAAAAAUAUGAUGGCAUGAAGAAAAACACCUUUGUUUGAUGCAAUUGCUCUUUUUUGUUCUUGCUUGCUGGCUUUGUCUCUACUCUGGAUGCAACUGCUUUCUCUUUAGGAAUGCUUCUCAGCUCCUCCCCCUCCACGACAGCCAGCAUUGGUGGUCUCUCAGUUUUUUUAUGGGGAAAGAGAAGUGGAGACAGUGGGAAGGGGGGAACUACUGCCAGGUGAAUAACUUGGAACCCCAUUGUCACUGUUAUAUCUUCUUCUAUUCUUAUCUUUCCUCCUCAAGCAAGUAUACCCAUUUUUUUUCUCCCGAAAAGAGGGUAAAAUCCCCCAUCAUCCAUUGAAGCAAGUGAACCCAUACCUUGGUCUAGAUGAUCCUUUUGAUUCAUUGGUUAAGCUACCAUGCUUACACUAUUUGAGCCCCCUUGUAUGUUUACAAAAACGAUUCGUUCCGUUGCUUUCUUUCAGAUAUCUACUGUAUUCAGUAAGAUGAUUUGACCUUACCUGAAAACUGGAUUCAUGAAGAAGCCCAAAAAGUGCCGGGCUUAGUGCAACCCAGUUCCUAGCCAGUGUGGGGUUGUGCCAUGGAUAUUUGGAGUUGGAUGGGAGUGGUAACCCAUGAUGCAUUUCAGAUUUCACUAUUGUGGUAACUAUUUGGGGAAGAUUUAAAAUGGCUCCCUUCUUUGUGGGCCAAUGUGUGGUUACCACACGACUAACUAUGAUUAGGCAGUCUUUUCUCUUCCCUUCCCGCAAAAAAAAGUCUAUCUUCACAAUCUGGACAUGUUGGAGACCAUUAUUUCUCCUCUGCCAUAGUUUGCUGCUGCCAUGUUAACUGAGAGUUGGUAGCCAAUAUCAAGUGAUUUGGAAAUUUUGUUGGUCUGAACCAUAAAUGUGAUGAUUUAUCACAAUUGUCAUGUGAUCACGAUUUUGUUGAUCACAUUACAUCUAUGCUCUGUUUGUUUGUUUGUUUGUUUGUUUGUUUGUUUGUUUCAUCACAAUUGUCAUGUGAUGAUUCCUGCCCUUUUGUGUGGUCUCUCUCUCUCUCUCUCUCUGUGUCGCAUGUUAAAUCCCCCAAAUUCGAUGGAUGCCUGCUCUUCCUGCCACACUGACAUCAAUUUUUAAAAUUUAUUUGACAAUUCUGCACCAAAUUCCUCUCCUAUCUCGCAUCGGAUUUCAGUGGAACGGGCGAAGAAAAUCGACCGCGCGACACGGCCACCCGAUGUUGGUGAACGGCGAAUGACCUUGCUGUCAAGUAUGCCACUUUGCACUUUUGUUUCACUAAUUGACACCUGCAAGUAACAAGUCCUGAUAAUUUAAGAGACUUGUUCUUGUAGGAUGGCAUUGGAUGUGCAUGAAUUGGGCAUCUGGUUCAGCUAUGUUAGGUUGAUACCUUCUGUGCAGAAGGGAUGGCACUGUUAAUUUUCUCCCUUUGGUUAUUCUGUUGUCCUACAAGGCUAGCUUGAUGUACAUGGCUGGAUAUGCAAUUGGCCUGGGAUGCAAGGUUUUUAUGCUCGUAGGCUCACAUGAUGUACUGAUGGUAACAUUGUAUAUUUUAGGUAUAAGGAGGGUUUCUUGGCUGCAUUGCCUCCUCCUCGCCACCAGCCAGUUAUUUGCUGCAUUUUCAUGUCAAAUUUAAGCAAUUGAUAGUUCAUACAUAUUGUUUUGAUUAUCACGCUGGAUACAAUUGAGUUUAAUUUCUCACAAAUGAUACGAGUUUCUGUUGGUGGUGGCUCGAGCGAUGCAGGACAUCGGUGAGUACAGCGGCGUCUACAGCUGGUGGGAGCGGCGGUCAAGAUCAUGGGCAUGGCUUGGGGAGUGGUGCUUGUGUCGACCAGUGAGGGGCGCAUCUGCUACCAACAUGCCAAGGAUCAGUAGGCGUGACUGAUGAUGCAGAGCCAUUCCUGGGGUCUCGACGAUUUGGUACUAAUUUAAAUUUUAAUUACUGCGAAAUAUUCUCCAUUAUGCAUGAUGCAUUUGGUUCUUAUAACAGAUUUAGUAUUAUGGUGUUGCUUUAUGGGAUUAUGAACAAAGUAGAUUUGGGAAAUUCUCAUAGUGCAAUUGAUGAAUCAGACCAUUACUUAGUUAAAAAUGUAAACCUUAGCUUCCUCGGUGUAUCUAUAUUACUAUAUGGCCUACUACUACUCGUAGUGUGGUAGAUAGUCCAAAUGCAAUUGCAUUGUUUGUGCUUACAUACAACUAUCUGCUCAUUCUCUACCACCUACACUACUAUAGCUGGUGGUACGUGCCAGAGAAAUCGUUUAUGCCAUAGCGUGGGAUACCUGUCUCCUGUUAUUUGAAAGCACCUGUUGAUUUUUUCGUUAGAGUAUUCAUGAUUUGAGUUUUAUGUAAAGGUCUCUGGCAUCCUUCAGCACAACUGGCCGCCUGCCUAGAAAAAGAAUUAAAAUUAGCUGCAUUUGCCUGUACCUAGAGGAAUAGAGGGCAGAAUAGUUGCAGACUUGCUUUCUACUAAUCAGUUGUAUUUACACUUUAGGUAGCUCAUCUAUAAGUACCCUGAUAACAACAGAUUGAUAUUACGUUGAUAUUAAUACACUGAAUCUUUUGGAAAGAACACUGACAGAAUAGAAUUUUGCGAACAGGGAGUUUGAGGUUAUCAUUGAUUAGGUACCCUGGAGAGCUGCAAGCUGCUUGUCUUGUUUCGAAUCAUGUUCCUGCUGUUUUAUCUUUAUCCCCGCUGAGAGUGCAUUAUGUGGGUAGUGUAAUCAUCAUGCUCUCUGAGGACAUGUAUAGAGUUGCAACUCUAUUUCUUGAAAAUUAACCUUGUAAAUUCCUGUUUCCUUAGAACUGUUCCUGUAAAUUGACCCUGUAAAUUCCUAUUUUCUUA